ACUUAUAAUUACAUUCAUGAAAUUUCUCAUCAAUUGUGCUCAUAAAAAUGUCUAUGGAGCAAAAGGCAAGCCUGAUUUUCAUUCCUUUCCCUGUAAUGAGCCACCUCGUGGCGGCGGUGAAGGCGGCAAAGCUCCUCUCCGAUCGAGACCGACGCCUCUCCAUCACGGUCCUCGUCAUAAAGAUGCCGUUCGACACGAAGAUCAGUUCCUACAUCAACAUGUACAACAGUACUAACUCAGUACACUCUCGUAUAAACUUCGUCCACAUGCCGGAAAACGAGUCCGUCUCCGCCGAGUUGCUGAAAUCUCCAGCGACUUUCAUGAUCCCGUUCAUCGAGAGCCAAAAGGGCUUCGUCCGAAACGCCGUUUCGGAUAUUUUAACGGAGGAGAAGAAGAAGAAUUCGAGAUGUGCUGGCUUUUUUAUAAUUGACAUGGUUUGCAUUUCGAUGAUGGAUUUGGCCACUGAGUUUGAGGUACCGAGUUACCUUCUUUACAUUUCGGCCGGUGCAGCAAUCCUAGGGUUAAUGUUCCAUCUCCAAGAACUCAACGACCAUCGCAACCAGGACCUGUCGGAGUACGAGGAUUCAUCGGUUACGAUAUCCGCUCCGACAUACGCCGCCCCUUUUCCGGCAAAACUCUUGCCGGAGUUAGUAUUAGGGCACACGAGUGGAUUCCUCGGCCUCAUGAGGAAGUCGAGACAAGCGAAAGGUUUCAUAGUCAACACAUUUCUCGAACUCGAGCCCCACGCAAUUUUGUCGUUUUCCGGUGAAAAAGACGAGAAAAUCCCGCCCGUUUAUCCCGUGGGCCCGUUGAUUACAAUGCAAGAUCGAGAAAUCGACGGCGAUCAUAAGAAAUACGACGAGAUCAUCGGGUGGCUCGACGAGCAGCCCGACUCGUCUGUCGUUUUUCUCUGCUUCGGUAGUAGCGGUUAUUUCGAGGUGUGUGAUCAACUGAAGGAGAUUGCAUUGGCGUUAGAGAGGAGCGGGCGAGCUUUCUUGUGGGCCCUACGAAAGCCUCCCGUAAAGGAAUUAUUGGGGUGUCCCGGGGAGUACGAGGAUCCCCGGGAGGUACUGCCCGAAGGGUUCCUGGAACGGACGGUCGGGAUCGGGCGGGUGAUCGCAUGGGCCCCACAAAUGGCGAUUUUGUCACAUCGUGCGGUGGGGGGGUUUGUUUCGCACUGCGGUUGGAAUUCGGUUCUGGAGAGUGUUUCUCGUGGGGUCCCGAUUGCGGCGUGGCCCCUGGCCGUCGAGCAGGCGAAUGCGUUCCAGUUGGUGGAGGAGAUUGGCGUGGGUGUUGAUGUUAAGAUGGACUAUAGGAAGAUAAACGGUGUGAUUGUGUCGGCUGAUGUCAUCGAGGGGGCGAUCGGACGGUUGAUGGACCCGGAGAACGAGGCUAGGGUUAGGGUUGAAGUGUUGAAGGAGAAGAGUAGAAUUGCUUUGAUGGAAGGAGGGUCUUCUUACAACUUCUUGGGUGAUUUGAUUGCAGAUAUCAUGGAUAAUUAACUUGUAUCCAUAUCUAUAUUAAAUUCAAAAUGAUGAUUGAUGAUGAUGUUUUCUUUGUUGCACUGAUUAAACUUACACUCUCGUAUAAUAGCUUGAAAACCAUAAGAAAAAACGAUUUCUUUUACGCAUUUCGUAAUCAUAUGAAGCCCCUUUGCGAGCCUCAUAAACACUUACAGAUGGGCUUGAACUCGUCAGAAAGAUCGAACUCAAAAUUUAUCGAGUCGGCUCAGUUCAUGAGCGCCAUGUUGCAAUUCCACCUCAAGAACUUUAAGAGAUAUCCAUUAUGAUAAUUUUCUUCUUUUUUUACCCCCUUCAUUUCUAUGUCUUAUUGUACUUAUUAUUUCUAGUUGAGUUUAUGAACAAUGCAUAAUUAUUAUAUAACAAUAUAAUGUUCUUAUGCCUAAUAAACCAAUUCCCAAUAAUCUAAUAAACCAAUUCCCAAAAAAAGAAUAUCAUAAAAAAAAAACUUGAUUUA